AUGGGUCUUAUGCCAUAUGAGCCGAUCAUAGAGCCCUAUAGCCCAUCCAGCCUGCGCAUCUCUCAGCCGGAUCAGGAGAAACAUAAUGACACCAUUAAACCUCGAGUUCUGGUAUUGGGUCAGGGACAUUCAGCCAUUGACGAUGUGUUCCGACAAGUAAAAGAAGAAUAUGACGACAAGAUGAUGCGUGUAGGAACUGGACAUAGUGUACAGUCAGACUGGUGUCGGUAUAGAAUGAAGGGCAGCAACAGAACGCUGGUGAAGCUGCAUUACGAUAUGGUUAUAGACGUGAAAACAUACAAGGAUGCUUUCAGAAAGGACUUCAAACACGACGGUGAUUCCUGCGAGACACAUAGCGUUGUUAGUCCGUCUGCAAAUCGUCGAAAAAGGAUUGCAUCAAAAAGCGAUGAGAGUCGCUGGCCCCUCGAAAUACCGUAUCAGAUAGAGAAAGGAUUUGGUAUGAUCGUACUUGAUGAAAUCUAA